AAAAGAGAGGGUGCCUCUCAAGUCAAAGCGCUCCGAUUACGGACCUGCAAAAUAUAACGAGGAUGGGUUCACCUGUUGUCGUCCUCUCUCUUCCUGGCUGUACGCUCAUCACAGUGUAUUUACAAUCGUGCCGAACUUGAACUCCUCGUUCCGAGCCGGAUCUGGCUGCGAGUUCUGUCACUGCAACUGAGAUUCAAAUCUUUCGCCGACACGACUUCCGAGAAUUGUCUGGUUUCCGAGUUUAGUUCGUUGAAUGAGAGCUAGGGUUUGUGAAUUCCCCAAAAAUGGUCGGAUACUUCGUCACCUGGCGUGUCUCUUCUUUCAGGUGCUUCUGGUAAGGGGCAUCGGCUUGUCCCGGUGAGUUGAGCCUCGGUUCCCGCGUGGAUUUGGUCAGCUCGCUCGAUAAUUUGCUGUUGUAGUUCGUUGGGGUUUCUGAAUUCUUUAGUCCUAGUGAUUUCUGGCUGAAAGUGAAGAGGCUGAAUUCGAGUUGUUCGAUAAUCUCGAGUAGUUGUUGUUACCGGAGAAUUUUGGGGUGGGAGGGUUCCGAUAUGCUCAAAUUUGAUAUCAAUUUCCGGGUUAAGUUGUUAGGGUUACGGGUUUGAAAUUUCAACUAGGUUUAGGUUUUAGUUGGUUUAUAUUAAGUGGACGUGUUGGGAAUUUUUGUUAAAUGAGUUGAAGAGGUUCAGUGCUGGGUAGAGAGCAACGAUGUUUUAUUCGCAAUUUAUAUUGGCCAAGAAGGGGCCGCUUGGCACCAUAUGGAUUGCAGCACAUUUGGAGCGGAAGUUGCGCAAAAAUCAGGUUGCCGACACUGAUAUUGGUGUCUCUGUUGAUUCAAUUCUCUUCCCUGAUGUACCAAUUGCUCUUCGGUUAUCUAGCCAUCUAUUGCUUGGUGUGGUGAGGAUAUAUUCAAGAAAGGUAAACUACCUUUUUGAUGAUUGCAGUGAAGCUUUGCUCAAGAUAAAGCAAGCUUUCCGCUCAACAGCUGUCGAUUUACCACCUGAAGAAUCGACUGCUCCAUAUCAUUCCAUAACCUUGCCAGAGACUUUUGAUCUUGAUGAUUUUGAGCUGCCAGACAGUGACAUAUUUCACGGUAACUAUGUUGAUCAUCACGUUAGUACAAGGGAGCAGAUUACGCUCCAAGAUUCGGUGGAGGGUGUGGUAUACUCCACAACUCAGUUUGGACUGGAUGAGCGAUUUGGUGAUGGUGAUGCUUCUGGGUUAGACCUUGAUGAGGACUUAUUUUUGAGCAAGGUUACUGCUAGUGGGCCUGCUGGAGAUAUGAUGAUGGCUUCAGAUGUUGAUCCUCAUGCAUCAGUUCAAUCAAUGAUUCCACUUGAGCAGGAUGAAAAUCAUGAAGGAAUUAGCAGAAACUCAGAGAUGAUGGUGCCUACUUGUGGAGAAAAUCAGCUUGAAGGUCAUACUGAGAAGAUUGAUGCCGUAGAGUAUGCUCAGGCCCCAUGCACCCCAGGAUUGUUGGAAGAGCCAAACUUGUCCAAAACUCAAGAGGCUUCAGUGUGUGACGAUCAACUGGAAUUAGGAGAAGAGCCAAAUUUGUCCAGUAUUCAGGAGGACUUGUCAUGUGAUGAUCAUGAGGAAUCACAAAAUCUUAAUAUUACCAAAUUUGCAGCUAAAGAGAACUUGGAAAAUAUUACUAGCAGCUCAGAUCAUAAUUGUGGGAACAAAUCUUUGCCUAAUGAUGUAAAUCAUGCAACUAUUUUGGGUGACCAGAUGAUUAACCAACUAAAGUCACCAGGAGACUCUCCGUCUACUGCAGGAAAUCCUGUUUCAGCUAAACCAGAUAAUGACAGUUCUCCAGCUCAAUUUUCUGAUAGGAAUUUAACUUCGUUUGAUGCUGCAAACAGCUCUGAGAAGUUGGAGAAUGGGCUUGUCUGCAGUGAUGACCAUGGUAUUCACUGUUUGGAUGGGGCCCAUGCAGGCAGUAUAGAAUCUGAAGGAGCGAGGUUGGUUGAAACUUCAUCACAUCCUGGUUUUUCUAGGGAAGCAUGCAGUUUGGAGGAUGCUUUUGGUAAUUCCUUUGCUUGUACUGACACUAUGCAUGAGAAGUCUGGCCUAUCCAGCACUUGCCAAACUGUAUCAGGCAGUUUUGCAGAUAAUGGGGAGAAUGCAGAGAACACAUUGAACACGUAUCCGCUUUGCAAUUCAGUGGUAUCGAAUAGACAGGACCUUGAGAACCCUGAAACUCAGGCUGAUCAGGAUCAAAAGGAUUCUGAAGGGAAUCCCAUUUUCCAUGAGAAACUGGAAGCUGAGAACAUGCAUGUCCUUCAGCCCUGCAAUCAUCUAAAUCAAUCAAGUAUGUCUAAUCUUGGACAUGAAGAGUCAGUUGCUGCUCACUUGCCAUCUGGAGUUAACGGGUUGUGCUCUGUGGAGUCGUCUGAAAAGGAGGCAACUCUUGCUCCUGGAGCUCCCACUGAUGUUCAAGGGUGUCUUGCAACUGAUUCUGUGAAACCUGUGUUGGAGGAAAACCCCACAGCAGAAACUGCUUUACCAGAGCUUAUUCAGGAAGACUUCAGCAAAUCAAAUGAUCCAGUGGAAAAUGUGACUUUGCAAGAUCCUGAAUUGGAAAAGGUUGAUGGCUCUGCGAAUGUUGAUUUUCCUGCACCAGAAAAGUUGCUAUCUGCACCAGAAAGACUUAAUUAUCUACGAGAUAAUGUGCUGGUGGAGUCCACUCCAGAAAAAUCACACCUAAUGACUCGUGAUGUAGGUGAUGCAGGGUUGAAUCACAUAUCUGGAAAGAAGCGUAGUUACACGGAGAGUACUCUGACUGUGCAGAGUCUAUAUUCCCUUGAAUCUAUGGAUGUGGUCUCUUCUAAAAGAAGCAAGGAAUCUGUACCUGAUGAUGAUGAUUUGUUGUCUUCAAUUUUAGUUGGAAGAUCUUCAGUUUUGAAAAUGAAGCCCACACCUCAACCUCCAUCACAGAUAAUGCAAGUGAGACGCCCUCGGUCUACAACCCGGACUUCUGCUUCUAAAAGGAAGGUUCUUAUGGACGAUACCAUGGUGUUGCAUGGCGAUGUAAUACGCCAACAGCUGACUAAUACUGAGGACAUAAGGCGUGUACGAAAGAAAGCUCCCUGCACUCGCACUGAAAUUUGGAUGAUGCGGAAAGAGUUUUUGGAAGAUGAAAUUUUCAGUGAACCCAUAUUUACAGGUUUUUCGACAGGAUUGGCUUUGUUGCACAGUGAAACACAUGAUCUGAGUGAAAUCAAGGUAUCACAGCAUGACACACACAAUACUUUUCAGGAAGAUGCAGCAGACCUGAACCUGGUUUCACAGAAGGAUAAAUUUGAUCUUUUGGGAGCAUCAAAUAAUAUGGUGUUGUCCAUGGAGCCAAAUGUCCAUAAAGGAACUGGAAUGGAAGACAUCAGUGAUUCUGUUGUAGUCAGAAGUGAUUUGGUAGUGGAUACCGCCGAGAAUGCGCAUAGUACAGGCCAUGACUUGCAGUCCAGGGGUAACGAGUCUGAAGUACAGAUUGAUUCCGUUAGUGAUGCACUGGAACCUCAGGUUUCACGGCAUGAACAUUCUGGGGAGAUAGAUGAAUCUGAAAUAGAUGGUGCAAGUGGUUCAGGUGUUGAUACAGUAUGUCCUGCCAUUAGUGUUGUGGUAGAACCAGCCAUCUCCACUGAACCUGUUUUAGUUGAUAACAAUAACAUGCAAUCUAGCUCCACAGUCCUGUCAGUUGUUUUGGAUGAAAAGAGUGGUGGUGAUGCUUCUGGGGAAAUAGGUGCACCAUAUGCAUCACCUGAUAAGAGAUUAACCCUUCAGCCUGUGGAGUUGGAGAUUUCUGAUCCUAACAAAGCAGGAGAAAAUGAUGGCUGUACUACUACUGUAGGAGGAGUGGAAUUGAAUUCUAAGGAUGAGUCUUUGUUGCAACAAACUGAAGGUGCAUUUUCAGUUGAAACUGAAGUGGUUGUUCAGGCUAGUUGCUAUGCUCAUUCUGAGGAUACAAAUCAUUCCAUUCCAAUUUCUUCUGAGAUAGAUGGAUCCAACAACCAGGUUCUUAUAACUCCUGACCAAGCCAUGGAGGAAAUCAGGGAAAAUGAAGGAGGGGCUGGUAUGGUGGAUGAGGUUCUUGCUGCAGAAUUGGGCUACACUGGGAAAGACACAACCUUGUAUGUUUCUAUUGAAGAACCUAAACUAGGUUCUUCAUACCCUCUGGAACUCGAUGUAGAUGUCAGAAAUGCAUCCUUAGAUGAUGGCAGCUAUGCUGGCUGUCUGGAAGAUGAUCCACAGUUCAUGACAACAGAAGAAAUUGCUACUUUUGACCAAGCUGCCAUUGAAGAUCAUGGCGAAUUUGAUUACAGAAUGGAUGGGCAUGACACAGGGUUCCUGAAUGCAGACGACGACGAUGCUGCUGAAGAAGCAGAAGAUUAUUUGGCAAGUGCCGAUAAAACUAGUUUCUUAGAGAACAGUGGAUGGUCUUCCCGUACCAGAGCGGUUGCCAAGUACCUCCAAGUCUUGUUUGACAAUGAAGCACAACAAUCAAGGAAGGUUAUUCCCAUGGACAACCUGUUACUUGGUAAAACUCGGAAGGAGGCAUCGAGGAUGUUUUUUGAAGCAUUGGUUCUUAAAACAAAAGAUUACAUCCACGUGGAGCAGGAGUCUCCCUUCAAUAACAUCACCAUAAAGCCUCGAGUAAAGCUGAUGAAAUCGGACCUCUGAUCCCAAAGACAGUAGAAAGCAAAAUAUAAAGUUGCAAAGAAAUGUGUUGUACUUUUGGUAGCAGAAGAGUUGGCUUUGGGGCUUGGGGGAUUAUUCUUGCUUGUAUCCAUUCUUUUCCUAACUUAUGGGUCUUUGUGUAAUUGGUAGUUUCUGUAGCAUACUGGUGGAGCCAAGGGGCUGUUGUCGUGUCAUGCAGUAGUCAUGGAACCCCACUCUAUGUAGCGAUUGUAGAAAGUGCUCUCUAGCAUGGAGGAUUUCAUUGCAUGUAUAUAACCUGCCAGUUGCAGUUGCUGCUAGUUUAUAUUAAUUAGCUCCUCUAUUUUAAAUAAGUUAAA